CGUGGCUUCCACCUCCAUGUUUUUGAUAUUUUAACGCGGAAGUGAAGCAGUUGAGCCAACAUUCCUGACAAACUCACCAGGCGAGACGAGUUUCCAAGGGCCUCUCUGACAACUGCUGUUUUCAUCGGACAUGUGGCCAAAUCACGGACCACCGAACCCAGCCUACCCUCCGGGCUACAACCCUUCCUAUCCUGUCGUCCCUCCAGCAGUGGGAUACCACCCACCUCCACACCCACCUUGCCCUCCUGGUCAGUUUCCAGCUCCUGGGAUGCACCCUGGAAUGGUACCACAUCCACCUCCAGGGGUAAUGCCAUGUGGACCCCACCCACCCCGAGGCUAUCCAAUGGCACCAGUAGGAUAUCCAGUUGUUCCUCCUGCAGGAGUUUACCCUGGCCCUUACCCACGCUCCCCUAAAGGCCAUCAUAAAGGCCACCCAAAAGGUCACAAUUAUGGAGGAAUGAAAGGUGUAACAGGCGCUCUGGGUGGCGGUCUGGCCGGAAUGGGAAUGGGCAUGGGUAUGGGAAUGGUUGGACAUAAGGUCCACAAGAAACUGAAGAAGGGGAAGAAGUUGAAGAAGGCUCACAAGGCGCUUAAGCAUGGGCAUCACAAAUAUGGCGGCAAGUCUUCCAGCAGCAGCAGCAGCAGUAGCAGCAGCAGUAGCAGUGACUCGGACUGAUCCUGGCAGCCCACCAGACAUCUGCUUCAACUCUAACGCAAAUGUUCAAGAGCACUACCUGUUAUGAAAUGAAUGCACAGCGGCUUGUUUAGACAUCAAGUCUGGAGAAUAAUGGCAGACCUGUAUUAACCUGAUAUAUAUAUAUAUAUAUAUAUAUAUAUAUAUAUAUAUAUAUAUAAAGGACUGGGUUUGGUAAUGCAGAUUUAACUUUUGAGGUAAAAAAUGGUUUUGAUUAUCUUUGUUUGAAUUAUAAUCCACUGUGUAUGAGCAUGAAGAAACAUGUACGGAGGUGGAAUGGAACGAAUUUAAUAAAAUGUAAAGCAAUAAAGAGCACUGUCA